GGAUCAUGUGACUCGUCACGUGCGUAAACAUCAGAGAUGGGAAAUGAGUCUAAAAUAGUGGUAGCAUCAUUUCAACUUUUUAGUUAAUUCAAGUACAACUCGUCGAGAGUUUGCGAUCGGACAACUGUCAGCAGUAUGAAUUCUGACUUAAGCUGUAAUUCAGUAACAGAUGAGCUUCAAGUUCUAGAAUCUGUCUUUUGUCAAAGCGGAGAAUUCACACUCCAUGAUUUGAAUGCAGAAGCAGGGUCAGCUCGAUACACAAUCACCGUAUCAGAUUCAUCAAACAAUGAACAAUCUCCCAACCUUGGCUCAACCAUAGCCAUCACCUUUGCACCAGGUCCAUGCUACCCUAAAUCCUUGCCAGAUAUCAGUUUGACCUCUGACCUCCUGACCAGGAAAGCUGCUGAUAAAAUGAAGACCAGCCUUAUUGAAUAUGCAAAUGCGUAUCUUUGUGGUGAACCAAUGGCAAUGGAGAUCGUAGAGUGGAUCCGCCUUCAUUUCAAGGAGUAUGCAAAUUAUGAGAACCAGCAGGAAAUGACUCCUGAAAGCCAAGGCCUAGGGACUUGUGUGACUUCAUUGCUGCGGCUUGAUCACAUGAGGGCUAAGGGUCGCUACAUCAAGACAUUGACAAGCUGGUGUGAAGAGCUAGGCAUCAUGGGAAGGAUAAUCUUCGUUGAGAGACUCAUCUUAAUCCUUCUUGAGGGUCAUCAGGCAAGAGUCAAGGAAUUUAUUCUUCGACUGAAAACACAGAAGGUUGAUGUGGAUUCAAGUGGGAAGGCGUGCAAGGAGAAAAUGAUGAGUGUGCUGAGUGAUAAGCCUACUGAUAAACACAGGUUUUCAUCCUUCGAGGUUUCAGAGAUGGGAAGUGUCCAGGAACUGAGAAAGUAUUUUGAUUCGCUGAAUUUAUCACAACUUUAUGACGAACAUCUUCAACCACUGUGUAGACAUCCAUUGCAGGGUGCCAUUAGAUGACAAGGUCAUCUCCAGGACACCAAUGAUCUCUUCCUGGUACUCUUGCCCAUUUACAUGAUCAGCUGAUUACAAGGUCACUCAGAAGGACACAUGUUUACUGAGGACGUGCACCAACAGUAGAUUUGAACUGUGGAGUCACUCAAAAACAUGGAAAUCACUCUAGGGAUAGUGCUUUAAGUCAUCACUAUAACGGUGCCUGGACACACUGCCUGUGACUGUUUGGUAAAAGAACAAUAAAUUAAUUUUAUUAAAAGAAAGUUUGAUUUUUUCUGUUUAUGGUACUCUUGUUACUAUCAUACAGAGGAAAUGACAAUUUUGUUUAAAAUAUUUUUGUGGAAGGUUUGUUUGCAUGCCUGUACUGAUUUUGCAUUCCACCACUGCCGUGCAGAUGGGGGGGGGGGGGGGGGGGCGUAGGGGCCCAUCACCCACCCCCCCCCCCCUGCAAGACCAAGAAACAAAGAAGAAAAGAGAGAACAGAAAUGGGUAAUGGGUGAAAUAAAAUAACAUUUUUGAAAUAGUAUGUCAAAAUCUGUCACAAAAUAUAUUUUGUAUUAAACAGGUCAAAAUUUUCAGUUGCUUGCUCCGCUCCAUGGCCUUGAGGAAGCGGAGGUGCUGGAGGUGCUGCAUGUAUUAUUGUUCAUAGGCAGCACCACCCUGGGGCCCGUUGCAUUAAACUUGUGCCAUAAAAUAAUUCUGGCAAAUAAACAAAAACUCUGGCAAAUAAAAUUAUGCUAUUGAUAAUUAUACAUUUAAAAAUUCUGGCAAAAAAAUUGCCCGAGUAUUUUAUGGCAAAAGUUUUAUGCAAUGGGCCCCAGGAAUUCAGGAAGGUGUGGAAAAAUUGAUAAAUAUAUUCCAAAUGACCUUCAUUUUGUAGUGGAACCCCCCAUUUUUUCUUGUUCAAAUUUCUCAGAACCUAAAUGGCCUCCAUUUUGUAGUGAUAACCCCCCCCCUUUUGUUUUAUUUUUUGCUCAUCAAAUUUAUAUCAGCACCCCUACACAAAAAAUCAUACCCCCAGACCAAUAAAACAAGGAAGAAAAGAGAAAACAGUAAAGAGUGAAAUGAAUAACAUUUUGUGAAUAGUAUUUCAGAAUCUAUCACAAAAUAUAUUUUGAGUUAAAAAGGUCAAAUUAAAAUUUUUAGUUGCUUGCUCCGCUCGCUCACAACUUUUUAGAAAUCUUGCUCCUCAUGCCGCAUCUGUUCUCGUUAAAAUGUUUGGCUCGUUACGCCACCGUACAACAUGUAGGGGAGGAAUAGGUAAGAGAACAGGUGGAAGAGAUAACAAGAGUGAGAGAGAGAGAUGCAUGAUUGUAAAUUAUGUGUGGGGUCAGGGUAUAUUGAUAAGGGGGUGGGGUGGGGGCAGGAGAAACAGGACUUUAUAUCUUUUUUUCUCCCUAUUGAAUAACUGGGGUAGAAAACUAAUUUAUCUCACAAUGGGUAGUACGUAUUUAACGACCAUGACCCCCUCUCUUGACACACCUAUUUUAAAUCCCUUCAUCUUUUUUUCUAGCUCUGCUCCCCCCAUUUUUCAUCUUGCCUACUAGAAAAUUUUAUAGCCGGGGAUGGUCGCCCCCCCCCCCCCCCGCCGCAGAUCCAUCGAGGGGGCCUAGAGGAGCCUUGAAAAGAUUAAAAAAAAAUUAAGGAAAAGGGUGAAAGGAAAGAGAGAGGAAAAGGAAGGAGUGGAGAUAGAGAAGAAGGGAAAGGGAGGAAAAGGAAGUGGAAAAUGGAGAGAUGAUACGAGGGAAUGUAAGAGUAGAAGGAUAUAAUGAAGGGAAAUGGAAGGG